ACGGACGGACGGACGACGACGACGACGACGACAAUAAUGUGCCAUGGAGUGUCUCCGGGUGCUGGAGCUCUACAGUGGGAUAGGAGGGAUGCAUUAUGCUCUGAAGGAGAGCGGCAUACCUGGCCAGGUAGUGGCUGCCAUCGACAUAAACACCACGGCCAAUCAGAUCUACAGGCACAAUUUCCCUGACACGCCCCUCUGGAACAAGACCAUAGAGGGCAUAGCACUGGAUGACUUCAAUAAAUUGUCUUUUGACAUGAUUUUGAUGAGCCCUCCCUGCCAGCCAUUCACCAGGAUCGGACUUCAGGGUGACAUCAGUGACCCCAGAACAAAGAGCUUCCUCUACGUCCUUGACCUUCUGCCGAGGCUUCACAGGCUGCCUCGCUUCAUCCUGCUGGAGAAUGUGAAAGGCUUUGAGAGCUCCGCUGCCAGAGAACUGUUGGUGAAGACACUGACAGGAUGUGGAUACAGAUUCCAGGAGUUCAUGGUCUCACCCACAAGUGUCGGGAUCCCAAACUCCAGACUGCGCUAUUUCCUCAUCGCUAAGAUGUCAACAAGCUUCAGUACACAGCACUCACACACAUCAACCUCUGACAGAGUGUGUAUACAGCUUCCAGAUGUCUUUCCACACCUUGCUGAGGCUGAUUCCUCUGAGCAGCCCACAGUGUUGAGUCCUACCUGCCCAGGUAGCUGUCAGUCAGAAGAGGAAGUGAGGGAGGGUCAGGUCCUGUACAAACUGGAGACAGCAGCUGAUGCCCAGAGGAAGAGGAGUCAGAACCAGGAUCUGUCCAUCAGGCAGAUCCAGGACUUCCUGGAGCCUCAGAAGGAGGAGGACCUGGAGCAGCACCUCCUCCCUCCCAGAACCCUGCUGAGAUACGCUCUGCUGCUAGACAUCGUUCAGCCCACCUGCAGGAGGUCCGUCUGCUUCACCAAGGGAUAUGGACGCUAUGUGGAGGGAACUGGCUCAGUGCUGCAGGGCUGCACAGAAACACAGAUGGAGAGUGUGUUCACUGGUCUGGAUCAGGUCUCUGAAGAAGAGAAAGUGCAGCAGCUGCUGAAGCUGAAACUUCGUUACUUUACUCCCAGAGAAGUGGCCAAUCUGAUGGGCUUCCCCCAGAGCUUCAUGUUUCCAGAGGGAGUCUCCACCUUGCAGCAGUACAGAGCUCUAGGAAACAGUCUGAAUGUUGUGGUGGUGUCCAGACUGCUACAGCUGCUAGUCUCCUAGCAACAAGAGGAGGAGACUGUUUAUUAGUCUCUGUGGACUAUAUGACAGACUGCUGUCUGCCCAGUGUUAGUGGAUGUGAACUGGUCAAAUGUUGGUCAAAGAUACCUCAGUGACAUCACAGUGACAUCACCAGUGAACAGAGUAAGUUAUAGAGUAAGUUACAGAAACUUCAGGGAACAGUACACAUCUGUUUCUACAGCUUGGUAAUACAGUUUUCUACUGUUUGAAAUAAAGACCUAAAAUGACCUAAAGUA